AUGCCAAAUUUGGAGAUAUGCUCAUUAUCCCUAAAUAAAAUUCAGAGUUUAAAGGAUUUCUCUACUUGUAAAAAAUUGGCAGAACUUUAUCUUAGAAAGAACCUUAUUUAAGAGUUACUUGAAGUCAAGUGCUUAAAUUAAUGCCCUCAGCUAAAAGUUCUUUGGCUGCAAGAUAACCCUAUUGCAGAACAUCCACUAUACAGGUAGUAUAUAAUAAAGCUGUUACCCAACUUAUUAAAACUAGACAGUGCUGCAGUUACUCCAGAAGAAAAAUAGCAAGUGGCAUAAACCAAUUUUACUGAUUUAGACAUUAUUAAUAAUAACCCUAUUUAAAGCUAAAAAUCGAAGCAUGUUGAUGAUUAGGCUUAUCAUUAGAAAUAGGAAAGACCAAGAAGUGUUAAUCCCUUGAUCAAGUCAAAAGCUGAUUUCAUCAAUCCCUCUUAAUAAAUGCAAUAGCCUUAACAAUAGUAGCAAUAAAUGAACAUUUAAUCCUAAAAUCAAUCUAAUUUAUAAUCUCAGCCUAAUCAUAGGAAUGAAAACAUCUUAUGUGCUGUUUUAGCCUUACUUAAAGAGCUAGAUGAAAAUGGAUUGGAGCUGGUAAAAAGGGAUGUUGAGAAAAAAAUAUAACUUAAGAAAAUGGAUAGUGUUGAAAAAUUAGAGUCAACAUUGAAGUCAUAAUAAUUGCUACCUGGUGACCUCAUUCUUAUUAGAACUCCGUCGUCUAUUUAUGAGGCUUUUAGAAGACUUGGAGAAUCUUACUAUGACCAUAUUGCUGUAGUUUUGGAUGAUUAACUGAGUUUACAUAUUUCUUAUCCAAGAACAAAGGUAGUACCAACUAUACUAUUUACUCACAAGAAAAAGUAGCCACUCAUCAUUAGACCAAACUACAAAUCAGAUUAGCAAAGAGAAUAAUUUCUAUAGACUAUAUAGAAAAUGUCGAUGGGAAAAUAGUAUGACUAUUAUAGGAUUAUUUAAGUAUUAAUAAGCCAGUCUCUGUUUGAGACAAAGAAGUAUGAGGAUAACUCAACAAAUAAGAUAAUCUGUUCUCAUCAAAUAUAUUUAGCUUUGUCCUAGACGAUGAAAACGAUAAAUGAUUAGGUCUCAAGGAGUAAUGAUUAUGAAGUGCAUAAAUUAGGAACAUUUACAUUAAGUGAUUUCAUCAAAUUAGCUUAGAAAAACCCCAAGGACUUUGAUUGCUUCUCGCUCUACUCGCUUGAUGAACUAAAAGAGAAUUCUGACACAAAUCUAAAUUUUGAGGGAGUUGAGAUUACACUCAAUGAAGAUAAGCAAAUAGGUAAAAUUGAAAGUGUCAUGAAACUUAUUGGCAUGACUAAACUUAAAGAUUUGAUUGAAAGGUAUGAAGUACUCUAAGUAGUGUCAUUAAAAUCUUUACAUCUAGCUCAAAAACUUGUAAUGAUGAGGAAGUAGAUUGUUCUUGCUAUUACAGUUCUUAAAAUGAUUCAGAUAAUAGUAAAUUCAUACCGUGAUUACUAGCAAACAAAUAAAAACUUGCAAAAGGAUAAAUCAAGUCUUAAAAAAAUCUUGGAGAUACUUUCUCUUCUUACUUAAAUCCUGGUUGUAAUGUAAGACUCGAAGGAAACUUUAUCUACUAAAAUUCUCAAACCUUUAACUAAACUCAUACUAGUAACUUACACUGGAGGUAAAGAGGACUUUAAACUGAAGACAUUGAAGAUUGCUAACUUUGUCCUUACUUUAUAAGAGAAAAUAAAAUCUACGUUCAAAUUAUGA